AAUGAGUCCCUGAAGUUGCUGUCAAUCUUCUGUGGAUGUUGCUUAGCAACAAGGGGCUGCGCUUGGAGCAAUGAAGAGAUUCCGCAUUACGUCAUCGUGAAGGCCACAUACAGGAGGUGAACGCUGCCUGUGUUCAGCUCAGCCAGUGCGCUACCCGAAAAUUUCCACAACACGAGCUUUGCAGGAGAGCGGCGCGAGAACGGCCGCUUCGUGCAGUGAUGCAGCGUCCUACACCAAAGAAACCCUGAUCGCAUCGCAGGACAAGACCGGUCGUCAUAUUCCCGGAUGGAAAACUGAUGUUGCAUGACAUGCCUCGAAAUAAAUUUUGAAUGACUGAAGACUGCAGGCGGAGCGCUGACAACAUGGCGGAUAGAAGGCAGCUGUUUGUCGAGAUGAGAACUCAAGAUUUGGAUUCAAUACGAUUAUCAACAUACAGAACAGCCUGCAAACUCAGAUUUGUGCAAAAGAAAUGCAAUUUGCAUUUGGUUGACAUUUGGAAUGUCAUUGAGGCUUUCAGAGAGAAUAGCCUCAACACCAUGGAGCUCAACGGUGAGCUCUCUGUGGCUCGUCUAGAAGUGGUACUGUCCACCGUUUUAUACCAGCUGAACAAGCGCAUGCCCACCACCAACCAGAUCAACGUAGAGCAGUCCAUCAGCCUGCUGCUCAACUUCCUGCUGGCAGCCUAUGACCCGGAGGGCCAUGGCAAAAUAUCUGUCUUUGUUGUGAAGAUAGCCCUAGCAACCAUCUGUGGAGGGAAGAUUCAGGAUAAAUUAAGAUAUAUUUUUUCACACAUAUCAGAUUCAGCUGGAAUAAUGGUGCACUCACAGUUUGACCAAUUUCUGAGGGAGGUACUCAAAUUACCGAUGGCAGUUUUUGAGGGACCUUCUUUCGGUUACACAGAACAAGCUGCAAGAACUUGCUUUGCGCAGCAGAAAAAGGUCUCCCUCAACACAUUCCUGGAUACGUUGAUGUCAGACCUGCCCCCUCAGUGUCUGGUGUGGUUACCGCUCAUGCAUCGGCUCGCCAAUGUGGAGAACGUCUUUCACCCGGUCGAGUGCUCCUACUGCCAUACUGAGAGUAUGAUGGGCUUCCGCUACCGCUGCCAGCAAUGUCAUAAUUACCAGCUCUGUCAGGACUGCUUCUGGAGGGGGCAUGCCAGUGGUUCCCAUAGCAACCAGCACCAAAUGAAGGAGUAUACGUCAUGGAAAUCGCCCGCUAAAAAGUUAUCCCAAGCGCUCAGUAAGUCACUGAGCUGUGCAUCCAGCAGAGAGCCUCUUCACCCCUUGUUUCCUGAAAUCCCAGAGAAACCCCUCAACCUAGCUCAUAUUGUAGAUACGUGGCCACCAAGACCAGUGAAUAUCACCAAUGACUACUCACUCUCCCACUCCAUGCCUACAUCAGGGAACCCUUACUCCACCAAAAACAAGAAUAAUGAUAUUGAGCAAAGAAAGCCACUGACUGGGGCUGCUCCCCAUCUGUUGAAAGGGAGAGGGUUGAACUACAACCUCGAUGUUGCUGAUAGACUUGCUGACGAACAUGUUCUGAUUGGCUUCUAUGUGAACCUACUACAAAACAACCCCAAAACAUGUUUGCUGGAGAGCAGUAACCAUCAAGAUGAAGAGCACAGUCUCAUCGCCCGCUAUGCUGCUAGACUGGCUGCUGAUGCCGCGGCUCAACAGCAGAGGGUCCCCACAGACCUGCCCUGCUCUCUGGAUGCCAACAAACAGCAGAGGCAGCUCAUUGCAGAGCUUGAGAGCAAAAACAGAGAAAUCCUGCAGGAAAUCCAGCGGCUGCGCCUUCAACAUGAGGAGGCCUCCCAGCCGCCCCCUGACAAGGUUCAACAGAACCCCACUCUGCUUGCUGAGCUACGUCUUCUCAGGCAACGCAAAGAUGAGCUUGAACAAAGAAUGUCUACUCUGCAGGAGAGUCGCAGGGAGCUCAUGGUGCAGCUGGAGCAACUAAUGAUGCUUCUCAAGACUCAGGGUCCCAGUUCUCCACGCUCUUCUCCCAGCCACACCAUCAGCCGGCCGAUCCCCACACCAAUCCACUCGGACUCUACCAGCACGACCCCGACUCACACACCUCAGGACUCACUCAUGGGCGUGGGAGGGGAUGUUCAGGAGGCCUUCGCUCAGGGUCCAAGGAGAAAUUUAAGAAAUGACCUACUUAUUGCUGCUGACUCCAUCACCAACACAAUGUCAUCACUAGUUAAAGAACUCAAUUCAGAGGGCGGAAGUGAGACUGAGAGCACUGUGGAUUCAGACUUUGGACGUGGAGACCCAUUGGUCACAACCUCUUCAGAUCCCUCCUUCACCUAUAAACCAAGGUACUAUAGGAGUGCCAGUGCCGCAGAGCAGGAGAGCUUUGAGAACGAUCUGGAGCAGCAGCUGGAGGACGAGCUCAAGUUGGAGGAGUUAAUGAAGCAUAGGCAGGAACCAGACAAAACAUGCAUGGUGACUCUGCAGCAGUGACUGUGUUAGUACUGGUGAGCAAUAUGAAAAGCAACAAUAGUUGAAGACACUGAACAAGACAUCGCUGGGCUGAUAGUACAAAGCACUGACGAUAAAAGAAGAUAAAUUCAACUGCAGAAUAUGUUUAUGUAAAGAUAUAUUUUUUAACCAACUGCAUAUUGAAGGUUAAUACUGUGAGCUGACGUGAAGAGAUUCAUUACUGAGCUGUCUGUUGUACCACAGGUGCCAUAAAAACCACAUAAUUUGAGGAAUUAUUUCUUUUUAUAUGAAUUGUCUAGCACCUGUACGACAGAACUGUUAGUACAGGCCGGCAAACCUGAUUCCUUUAAAUUCUCAUGUUUUGAAUUGGGUGAACUGGUUUUAAAUGUUUGUUUGUCAUCUGAUUUAUGGUAAAAACAUGAGAUGAAGCUAUAAAUGAUAACAUUUGCAAUAUUUUGGAAAUGUAUAACUCUGGCCUGGUUAUUAUUAACAGAUUUUACCACUAUUCGUACUGUUGCUGUUGAGUGGCUUUUUUUUUUUUACUUGCUUUUGGAGCAGGCUGACUGCUAUUGAAUCCAUAAGUUUGUUUGUUUGUUUGAUACAGAAUAAUAACGCACUCUGCCUUAGCUGAUUGCAUGACCUCUCAAAGGAGUUCAUUCAAACUGUAAAUGCAGCAUGUAGCUAACAGCACCUGCUCAGCAGUUGUCUUCACUGGACAAAUGAGGUUAAACUCAUUUAAUCAGAUACGAGGCAGUGAUUUUGUCUACAGAAAUAUUUGGUCUGAAAUAUGUGCACACUCUGGAUCUAAAUGAUCAAUUAAAUAUAAGAUAUAGAUGGACUGAAGUGUCUUUAAACACAGUAACAAAAUUGCUUAAAUUUACUCUAAGGUUUACACUGGUAAGGGCCUUGAACAAAAUGUUUACGAUCAAUGGUUUAUGAAUUAAGGUUCAAUCAUAGAUCAUUUGCCAUCAUUUCAUUUGUUUGAAUCAAUGCUCUCACACAAAUCGGUGUGACUUGCAUACUAACUUACACACUCUUGAUCUAUUUCCUGAGUGUAGUUGAAACUUUACUCAGUCACUUUGGGAAAAGUGGCUAGCCAAUCUAGAAUCAUAAAUGUGUGAAAUAUAUCUAGUUUGAUUUUUGAGCAAGUUCAUAGCAGUGAUUUUGCAUGGUGGUGGUGCAUAAUAAAGUGUUGACACAAUAUCAUGAUUUUUGCCUAUGAACUGCU